ACUCAUAUUGCCAUUAGUAGGUGGGUAGCAGCUGCAGCAAUUUGUUAUCUAAACAGAUAUGGGCAAGUGCAUUUGCCUAAAUAGUGCUAACCAUGGUAAAAUAGUAGGAGCAGAUAUCAUACACGGCACCUGUCGGUUUCAUAGCAUAAACAUCAUAGACUCCAAGUUGGUACCAAAUCCUGUUGUCACUCGUUCGUCUUUCGUAUUACAAUACCCCACGGAAGCGUUGAAGAAGAAGAGAUGGAGGGUCCGAUUAAGUGCUCUGCCAAUUACAUUCCUUUGACUCCGAUCAGUUUCUUGGACCGCUCCGCGAUUGUCUACAGAGACUCUGUCUCUGUUGUCUACGGUGAUAUCAAGUAUACCUGGAAACAGACACGUGAGAGGUGCGUCCGUCUUGCUUCUGCGCUUGCCCACCUUGGAAUUUCCCGUCGAGAUGUGGUUGCUGUAUUAGCCCCAAAUAUUCCAGCGAUGUAUGAGUUACAUUUUGGUGUUCCAAUGGCCGGGGCAGUUCUAUGUACAUUAAAUAUACGUCAUGAUUCACCUAUGGUGGCAGUGUUACUGAAACAUUCGGAAGCCAAAGUCCUUUUUGUAGAUUACCAAUUUCUCCAUAUUGCUCAGGGAGCAUUGAAAAUACUAUCCAAGACAAAGGCUAAGCCGCCCCAUCUUGUCUUAAUCUCAGAGUAUGAUCAGCAAGUUUCGACCAGAAGCAACACCAACUCCUCAUCUGCAAACUUGGACUAUGAUAGCCUUUUAGCAAAAGGGAAACUAGAUUUUGAGAUCAGAAGACCAGAAGAUGAGUUCGAACCUAUCUCGCUUAAUUAUACUUCUGGCACGACAUCAAGCCCAAAAGGUGUUAUUUAUAGCCACCGAGGUGCCUAUCUCAAUUCUCUAGCAACGGCUCUUCUCAAUGAGAUGACCUCAAUGCCUGUAUAUUUAUGGUGCGUCCCCAUGUUUCAUUGCAAUGGAUGGUGUCUUACUUGGGGGAUUGCUGCUCAAGGUGGUACAAAUGUUUGCUUAAGAAAUGUCUCUGCAGAAGGAAUAUUUGGCAAUAUUGCUCGGCAUAAGGUGACUCACAUGGGUGGUGCGCCUACGGUUUUGAACAUGAUAAUAAAUGCACCAGCUAGUGACCAAAGGCAUCUUCCAGGUAAGGUUGUGGUCAUGACAGGUGCUGCACCACCACCACCGCAUGUACUUUACAAAAUGGAAGAACUGGGAUUUAGAGUAAUUCACUCGUAUGGCUUAACAGAAACCUAUGGUCCAGGAACAGUUUGCACUUGGAAACCAGAAUGGGAUUCCCUUCCUCAUGAUGUACAGGCUAAGAUCAAGGCUCGGCAGGGGGUGAAUCAUCUUGGAAUAGAGGAAAUUGAUGUUAAAGAUCCUGUUACCAUGAAGAGUAUGCCACCUGAUGCAAAGAGUAUAGGUGAGGUUAUGUUUAGAGGCAACACUGUCAUGAAUGGAUACCUUAAAAAUGUCAAAGCAACAGAGGAUGCUUUUAAUGGUGGAUGGUUUCGAAGUGGGGACUUGGGAGUGAGACACCCUGAUGGUUAUAUAGAACUCAAGGACCGCUCCAUGGACAUAAUCAUUUCUGGGGGAGAAAAUAUUAGCUCAAUUGAAGUGGAAUCAGUACUUUUUAGCCAUCCAGCUGUGCUCGAGGCAGCUGUGGUGGCAAGACCAGAUGAUUACUGGGGCGAGACACCUUGUGCAUUUGUAAAGUUGAAGGAUGGAUGCAAUGCCAGUGCUGAAGAAAUUAUCAAGUAUUGUCGGGAUAACUUGCCCCAUUACAUGGCUCCUCGAACUGUGGUUUUCCAGGAUUUGCCAAAGACUUCGACCGGAAAGACACAGAAAUAUCUUCUACGAGAGAAGGCCCGGGCAUUAGGAAGCAUUUCAAAGAACCAGAGUAAAUUGUAGAUCACCUUUGACCGGAAGAUAAGGUCUUUGCAGUAGGCUGGUAUUUUAUGCGUCAACUUAUAUAUAACUCCUAUAAUGGUACCCAUAAUGGAGGUAACAAUUGCUCACGCUUUAUUGCGAAUGGAUUGAAUUUUAGUCGAAA